AUGGCGUUGCAUCGUUUACAGCGUUGGGCUAUUGUACUUCAAGCAUAUGAAUACAUUAUACGGUUCAAAAGUUCAUCUCAGAAUGCUAACGCUGAUGCUCUUUCCAGAUUGCCGUGUGGGGAUGACAUACAAUUUGAUAGAAAGGAAGUUGUGAUGUUAGAUGAUGUCGAUACUGUUCAUCAAAAUGCUGUGGAUUAUCUUCCAGUAAAUGCAACAUUAGUAAAGGAUAUGACUGCUAAUGACAACACUCUUCAACGUGUCAGCAGAUAUGUACAAGAUGGCUGGCCUGAACAAUUGCCGAAAUCUGAAGGUAGUAUCAAACCGUACUUUAAUCGCAGAUUUUGCUUAUCAUUUCAGAAUGGAGUGUUACUUCUUCAGGCUGAAUAUACUAGAGUGGUGCUACCGAAAGCACUGCAAUCUCAAGUAUUAAAUUUGUUACACGAGGGUCAUUGGGGUAAAGGUCGUAUGAAACAGAUGGCAAGACGAUAUGUGUGGUUUCCUCUUAUUGAUAAAGCCAUAGAACGUAUUCAUGAUGAUUGUUCAUCUUGUCAACAAGGUGCAAGUCAACCAAAGCGAGAAUUUUCUGCAUGGCCAGAACCUAGUAGGCCGUGGGAAAGAGUUCAUUUGGAUUUCGCGGGUCCAUUCUUUAAACGUAUGUGGCUCAUAGUUGUGGAUGCAUAUUCAAAAUUUCCAUAUAUUGUGGAACUAUCAACAAUAACAGCUGUAACAACAGUUGGAGCUCUACAAAAAAUUUUUUCUAUCGAAGGUCUUCCGUGCACUAUCGUGACAGACAACGGAACACAAUUCACGUCCAAUGAAUUUCAAAAGUUUUGUGAAAUGAACACAAUUCAGCACCUCACGUCUGCUCCUUUUCAUCCGGCUUCGAAUGGGUUAGCGGAAAGACAUGUGAGAACUUUUAAGGAAGCAGUAACAAAAAUUAUGAAAGAGGAACAACAUAUUGACAAAGCGUUGUAUAAAUAUCUUACAACGUAUAGAACUACUCCAAACUUAGCAACUGAUAAAUCGCCAGCAGAGUUGUUACAUGGGCGGCAACCAAGAACCAUUUUAUCGGCGUUGUUCCCGAAAGUUAUGGAGACUAUGAAAACUCAAAAUAGAAGUAAAUUCGGAGUUGAAGAGAAAGUGCAGAGAAAGACGACAAAAUGGGGACCGAUGAAACAAUAA